UGGAAGGAACCAAGAUGUUCUUCAGCAAACAAACUGUGGUAACACCCAGACAAUUAAAUAUUAUUUAGGAAUAGUAGGGAGUGAGCUAUCAAGCCAUCAAAGGACAUGGAAGAACUGUAAAUGCAUAUGUAAGUAAAAGAAAUCAGUCUUAAAAGGUUACACAAUUCAAACCAUAUGCCAUUCUAGAAAAGGCAAAACUACAGAGACAGUAAGAAGAUCAGUGGUUGCUGGUGGUUGGAAAGGGGAAAGAUUACAUGGAGCACAGGGGAUUUUUAGGGUAGUCUGUAUGAUACUAUAAUGGUGGAUAAAUAAUAUUAUGUAUUUGACAAAACCCAUAAAACAGUAAAACACCAAGAGUUAACUCUGAAGUAAACUAUGGACUUUAGUUAAUAAUAAUGUAUGAAUAAUGGUUCAUUAAUGAUAACAAAUGUUUCACUACAAUGCAAAAUGUUAAUAAUAGGUAAAACCAAGGACCAGCAGGGAGAGGGGUAAUACAUGGGAACUCCACUUUCUGCUCAAUUUUUCCGUAAACUAAAACUACUCUAAAAAAUAAAGUCUACAAAAAUAGCAUCUAAAUGUCCCUUUACUUUGGUUUUCAUUGAUAUAUGUAUGGAACUUGAGCAUUUUUUCAUGUUUUUAUCCACUUGUAUUUAGCCUUUUAUUUUUUUCUUUGUUUUUUUCUUACUGUUUUUAAGAGCUUUCUAAUAUAUUGUCAUUGCACUUUUAUAUUUUCUUAUAAAUCCUCCCUACCUCAUGUCAUUUGGUAUUACUGAUAAACACAUGAUUUAUUGAAUAUAUUUUAUUUAUUUAUUUAUUUAUUUAUCUGGCUGUGUCGGGUCUUAGUUGCAGCACGUGCCAUCUUCGUUGCAGCAUUCGGGAUCUUUUGUUGCAGCGCGCAGGCUACCCUGUAGUUGUGGCACGCAGGCUUAGUUGCCCCAAGGCAUGUGGGAUCUUAGUUCCCAGACCAGGGAUCAAACCCAUGUAUAGGAAGGUGGAUUUUUAACCUCUGGACCACCAGGGAAGUCCCUACUGAAUGUUUUUUAAACUACUGAUCUAAUCCUUUGUGAUUCCUUUCACUGCUUUUCUACUUAGGAAGCUUGCACACUUCAUGAAAUCAUAUAAAUACAUUAUUUGUAUUCACUUCUAAUAGUGUUCUGAUUUCAGUUUUGCCAGUCACUCUCUUUUCUAUUAGGUAUUUAUUUUGAGGUAUUUUUCAAAUGUUUUCUAGUUUCCUAAACACCAUUUAUUAUAUCAUUUAUCUUUUAUGGGUUAAUUUGUGAUAUAUCUAUAUUACAAACUAAAUUCUCAUAUUGGCUAAUAUCUGUUUCAUGACUGUCCAGUCUGUCCCACUGAUAUUUCUGUAUUUAUGUCCAUUGCACUGUUUUAAAAGUUGCCUGUCCUCAUUCAUUUCCUUUUACAAACUUUCUUGACUUUCCAACUAAGUUAAUAUUCCUUAAGUAUGACCAGUUAAUACUCCUACUAAUCACUUUCCUUGAGUGGAUGGAUCAUAAGAGUCUUAAACAGAAUAAUUACCUCAGAGGAGUCAAAGGCAGCAACAUUUCCGUAACACUCAACGCUACAGGAAAGCAGAGGCCAUGCCUCUUACCUUUCUAUACUUAGUUCUAACCCACUGCCUGGCAGACAGUAGGCACUCAAAUAAUUGUGGAAUAAACAGAAGAUAAGGAGAUGCAGAGAAUCAUUUAGAUGUCUACAAAUAUCUAAAUAUUAUCAUGACAAAGAGAAAUGAUUUUCAGAGAGGAAUUAAAACCAUGUAAGUUAUAAAAAGACACAUUUCAACUCAAAGGAAGGAACUUUUUCUUAAAUGUAUAUGAAAUUAAGGAUAACUGUCUCUUAGUUUAGAAAUUCCCUCCUGUGGUAGAGAUGUAAUAUUCAAACAGAAAUUAAGACUUUUUUUUUUUAAUUUUAAAGAGGGACAUAAAAGGUAGAAGGCUCUCAUUCUCUUUAUUUUCAAUUGAAAAGGCUUCAUGAUAAAUGGUCUCCUUGUUCUUGGUUAAAAGAUUUUAUGAUAGGGACUUCCCUGGUGGUGCAGUGGUUAAGAAUCCACUUGCCAAUGCAGGGGACAUGGUUGGAUCCCUGGUCUGGGAAGAUCCCACAUGCCGUGGAGCAACUAAGCCCAUAAGCCAUAACUACUGAGCCCACGUGCCACAACUACUGAAGCCUGCGCGCCUAGAGCCUGUGCUCUGCAACAAGGGAAGCCACCGCAAUGAGAAGAACACGCACCACAAUGAAGAGCAGCCCCCGUUCGCCGCAACUAGAGAAAGCCCGUGCGCAGCAACGAAGACCCAAUGCAGCCAAAAAUUAAUUAAUUAAUUUUAAAAAAGAUUUUAUGAUAGGGAAUUGCCUCUACACACCCUGACAAUUUCUGUCAUUCAUUCAACAAAUAUUUAUAGAGCACCUAUUAUAUACCAAGUACUGUACUAAGUGCUUAGGUUACAAAAUUAACAUGAAACAGAAAAGGCACAGUCCUCUCAACCUAAAGAAAUGUAAAGAACUGCAACACGAGCAUGCAGGGCACAAUUAGAAUGUAUGGUGGGAGUUCUGAUUUGGUCUUUGGAAUUGGGGUGUAUUAUGCUACAUUGGUCAUUAUGACAACGACAGACAAAUUGGGAGAGUAAUGGAGAAGUUACUAUAUGAUAAUGGAGGAAUUAUCUAUAAAAUCUUUGCACAAUAUCCUUCUCCGAGUCAAACUUGAGACAGAGAAUGGUCUGCUUCAAGAUAUUAUUUCAAGGCAAAUGGCAUGAGGGUAAUAAAACAUCAUUAAAUUCUGCAACUCCCAAUGAUCUCUUUCUCUCUACAUUUCCCUGGAACUUGAAGAGACCACAAUGGCAAGGCAGAAAGGAGAUGUUCCUGAGGCUGGUACUUUCGCAGGAAUUAUACAGCAAAGGAAUAGUCAUGAGUCAGGGAAGAUGCAAGACACCCCUGCAUGGUGUGGGACAUUCAUUUUUAAAGAGGUGUUCCUGGUAGUAGUGGUUGAAGCAGGGAAGGGAGGGUAUUAUUGAGGAGAUCUUGGUCUAGAAAACGCUAGAUAAAACAUAAGACUUCAUGAGUGAAUGAGUUUCAAAUGUAUGGCACAUUCCUGUUUUGUCAUUGUUUGAACAUUAUUCUUGCCUCUUUCCAGGCAAUUUCCACAAGUUAUAUGGAAACAGGGACCCAAACAGCUAUUUCAAAAUUCAUCCUUCUAAGCCUUUCGGAAGAUAUGGACCUGCUGCCCCUCCUCUUUGGGCUGUUCCUGUCCAUGUACCUGGUCUGUGUUAUAGGGAACCUGCUCACCAUCCUGGCCAUCAUCUCAGACUCCCACCUCUACUCCCCCAUGUACUUCUUCCUCUCCAACCUGUCCUUCACUGACAUCUGUUUCAGCACCACCACAGUCCCCAAGAUGUUAGUGAACAUCCAGAUGCAGAACAAAGGCAUCACGUAUAAAGGCUGCCUUACCCAGAUGUAUUUUUGCAUGAUCUUUGCUGGGCUAGAUAAUUUGCUACUGACAGUGAUGGCCUAUGACCGGUUCGUGGCCAUCUGUCACCCCCUAUACUACACGGUCAUCACGAACCCUCGCCUUUGUGGUCUCCUGCUUUUGCUUUCUUGGUUGAUCUGCCUGACAUAUUCUUUGUUGCAAAGCUUGGUUUUGAGGGUGUCCUUCUGCAAAGAGACAGAAAUCCCCCACUUUUUCUGUGAACUUGCUCAGAUUCUCAAGCUCACCUGCUCUGACGCCCUUGUUAAUGACAUCCUGCUGUAUUUUGUUAACGGCCUGCUGGGUGUUAUUCCCCUGACUGGGAUCCUUUUCUCUUAUCUUAUCUCCUCUAUAAUGGGCAUUUCAUCUACUGGUGGGAAGUAUAAAAUCUUUUCCAUCUGUGAGUCUCACCUCUCAGUCAUCUCCUUGUUCUGUGGUGCAGGCCUUGGGGUCUCCCUCACUUCUGGAACAGCCCAUCCCUCCAGAAAGGGUUCAGUAGCCUCGGUGAUGUACACGGUAGUCACCCCCAUGCUGAAUCCCUUCAUCUACAGUCUGAGGAACUGAAGGGGGCUCUGAGGAGACUUUUCACUAGAGGAACAUACUCUCAGUGAGAUAAUGGAAGUUAAGGGCAGGCAACAGAGAUCCCAAGUGCUGAUAACUGGUGUUCCUGAAUAUGUUACCUGAAGACAUAGAAAAUAAAUACCAUUUAUGAUAUACUAGAAGAAAACAUUCCUGAGUCAAAGACAAACUUGAAGCGGCACACCAGAAUGUUCACCGUCCACCAAGAAAGAAUGGCCAACUCUAUAUAGGAAAAAAAUCUAAAAAAGAGUGGAUAUAUGUAUAACUAAUUCACUUUGCUGUACACCUGAAACCAACACAACAUUGUAAAUCAACUAUACUCCAAUAAAAAGUUUUUUUAAAAAUGGCCAACCAAUAACAAAACUUCUCAUGAAAACAAACUAUUUCAAGGAUACAGAUUCCUACAAGCAUCAUGGGAGGAGAAAUCAAGUCAAGGAAUGCAGAUGGGGAGAAGAGGACAAGAGUGACAACAAAAGUUUACACACUGGCUCAUCUUUUAACCCUCUCGGUUAUUCUAGCACCAUGCCUAUUGGACCAUGUUUUUCCCUGGUCUUGGUCUGAAAACCAUUACUCGGACUGUCUCAUACCAACCUCCCUCACUCCAUAAGAUUUUACUUACUGAUUCUUGCUUUGGUGUUGGCUAUUGACCUAUACUGAGGAUAAUAAGAAACUUAAUAAGAAACUUCUUUAGGAAAAUCAUUGUAGUGCCUACUUUAAGAGAAGGGGAAUUCUGGUCUUUGUCAAUCCAUCUGAUCUGGAAUAAAGGUCCAAAGCAAUCUACUCGCUGUCUUCCUUGGCUGGCCCAUGCUUCCCCAAAUCUUCACACACCUGUUUCCUUUUCACAAGUUGGGCUUCAAAUCAAAACUGUCAGCUCUUCUGAGAGCCCCACCCUGACCACCAUCCUCCUAUUCAUUCGUUUCCAUAGCACUUAUCAUAUUUUGAGGGGUGGCAGAACAUAGAGGCUAAGAGGGCUCUGGGUUAAUAUCGCCAUCAUUCACUACGAGUGCAACCUCAUGCAAGUUAUUUAACUUCUCUGUGCCUCUAUGCCCCAUAAUAUAUUUCCUGAAGAGUUCUGGUGGGGAUUAAAUGGUACACUUAUAAGACAGCCCAGAACAAUGUCUGGUAUAAGCACUCAAUAAUUGUUAUCCAUCACAAGAUCCAUGAGAGCUGUGUGGGUCCAUGUUCACCAUGUGAAGGUACAAAGGGAUCCGUUAUCAGCAGAACAGGUAGAAAAGCUGACUAGAGAGGGUUGAUCAGGCUAUGGAUUUAGAGGAGGCUGAAUGAAUCCCCAGAGCUCUGACUUAGGGCACCAAGGACGUCAUGUAGGAGGGGGCCCUGUGCAAGGCUCAGCCCUCUGAAUUGCCCCAGGAGCACCAUGUGCUGGAGAUCAGAUCUGUAGAGUCCAGGAGAGAACUUUCCUGGAUCUAGAGACUAAGGAUUGGACCAGGAAAUGGCCCCAAACAAGGACUCCCUACAACAGGGAACUGGGAGGGCAGAGCAUCCUUUAUACUGGUUCAGCUCCAUGGGGAGAUUCUCUUGAAACGAAAGCAAAGAAUUAAAACCUGUCUUGGGUUGUCUUGAGGAACGAUGAACCCUCUUGGUGAAUACCAGAUUUGGACGCAGGCAGAUUCCAAUGUUUGAAUCCUAACUUUAUUAUUUACUCUCUGUCUCUAAGCAGCCUCAGAUUCUUCAUUUGUAAAUAAUUGCUGGGGUGAUUAUAGAAAAUCAGUGUUAAGUAUCAAAUGUACACAUUUUGAAAAAGCAGUGGAUACCAUAUUCAUGAACACAAUAUUUAUUUAUUUGUGCCCCUAUCCUGUACCAAAAAGAGGUAUAUCUAUUGGCAGGAUCCUGCACCCCACAAAGCACUGCCCAGCUGCAUUCUUCUCCAGGAGAGGUCUGAGUGUGAGAUAAAAACUGAUUGCUAAUGGAAAAAAAAAAUUACUUUAUUCAGUGCAAUGUCUUAGCUUCCAACCAUUCUAUGGGACCUCUGGCCCUGGUGACCUGGGGCACUGGAGUAAGAUGAAGCCAAGAUAGGACCAUCCUAAUAAGCCUGAACAGUAUCUGACUGUCCUCCAUCUUUCAAUUAGUUGCAGGUAUAGAAAUUAUUAUUCUACCACAGGGUUUUUCAACCUCGGUACUGUUAAAAUUUGGGGCCAGAUAAUUCUUGGAAGGGGGGACGGGUACUGCCCUAUGCAUUGUAGGAUGUUUAGCAGCAUCUGUGGCCUCAUCCACUAGAUGCCAGCAGCUUCUGCCACUCUUACAUCCCAUUCAAAAAAGUAAAAAGGGCUUCCCUGGUGGUGCAGUGGUUAAGAAUCCGCCUGCCAAUGCAGGGGACAAGGGCACGAACCCUGGUCCGGGAAGAUCCCACAUGCCGCGGAGCAACUAAGCCGGUGUGUCACAACUACUGAGCCUGCAUUCUAGAGCCUGCAUGCCACAACUACUGAAGCCCGCACGCCUAGAGCCCGUGCUCUGCAACAAGAGAAGCCCACCGCAAUGAGAAGCCCGGGCACCGUGACAAAGAGAAGCCCCUGCUCACCACAACUAGAUUUCUCUAGUUGCGUGCAGCAACAAAGACCCAACGCAGCCAAAAAUAAA